AUGGCUUCCCUGGCAUCAGCUGCUCGUGAUAUUCCCCUAGCCUCCUUGAGCCGAGACAACUUGACUGUUGUAGCGGCUUGGAGUGACUCGGCGACUGUGGCACGAUCUCAUACCCUCCCGACACCCCCCAACUCCAUUUCUCCUGCCUUGCCAGCUCAUGGCUUAAAGGCGCAACUACAGAAAGCUAGGCUCGAGCCCGUCGACUCGGACUUGGACCUGCAGGACAACGCCAGCAGUCACGAUCGGUCCCUGUCCCCAACCGCCCUCGAGUCGGCAGGCGCCAUCACCGGCACCAUGCUUGCCAAGUACCAUUUGCCAGAAAUCCUGCUCAACCACGGGCCACUGGCCAUAAGGCACAUCAUGGGCUAUUUGACAACAUCAGUACCUGGCUUCUCGGGAAUCCCCCCGACAAAGGCGCGGAGGCUGGUGGUGAGUGCGUUGGAAAGUCGAGGAGGAGAGGGAGGAGACGUGAAUGGCAAUGUAGAGUUUGAGAAGGUGGGCUGGGGGCGGUGGGAUGCCAAGCGCCGGCGCUUCGCAAGCCGGCAUCGCCAAGGCACUCCGCCCUACUCUUUUGGUUCCGGCAUCCCCAUCUCCUCCAAGACUGGCGCGAGAGGGGCGAGAGGCUCCUUUGGAGCAGAUGGGUUUCAGUUCUCCCACGAUGGAGACGACAUUCACAUGUUGAUGGAGACGGAAGCCGACAAAAUGUCCCUGGAUGGUUCGGCGUCCGCUUCGUGCUCGGAGGCGCCGGAGGAAAACGUUGUCAUGAAUGACGAUCCGGAGGAUGUGACGGAUGACGAGGACUGGGCUGCCAUGGGCGCGGCUGCUCUCCGAGCCGAGUCCUAUCCCAGCAGGGCUGCUAUCAAGUCGCAUAGUGCCUUUUUGUCUCCCAACUUUUCCCCGGUUACCGGAUUGCGGACAUUUUCAGUUAAUUCAGGAAUGGCGCGACCACCUGGACCAACGAACCUCGACUUUUCGACCCUCGCUGGCGCAUCGGAUGCCCAGGAGCGCGAUGCCGUCGAGGCCCUUCUCAGGCUUGGUUCUGUAUAA